AAAGGUAAAGGCUUCCGUGAUGUGCAUAUAACAGGCCACUUCUCUCAACCCCUCACAGUACCUGUCUCUCAUCUCAUCUCAUCUCAUCUAUCUCUUCACACACUCUCAUCUUAUCUCAAGUCCUCCAUCUCUUCACACCAGACAGACUCAUCUCUACCAACAGUUGUACCAGCAGAGAAUACUACAGCUUGAACACAACAUGACCAUGACCACCAGAAUCCUCCUGCUCCUUGCUGUCACCGUCUGCAUCACAGUCGCCCAGCGUUCUGUGAGCCAGCGCUGUUUGUGUCGGAGGGUGCGGAACAGCUUUGGAGCCCCAAACUCUGUUGAGGACAUCCAGAUCUAUCCGCCAACUCCCUCCUGUGACAGGCUGGAGUUCAUUGUUAGCCUUAAGAAUGGAGUGCAGUACUGCCUGGACCCCAGUAUGAAGAAAGUGCAGAAACUUCUCACUCGCCUGAUGAAGAAGUCUGCUCCCCAAACUGUCACCACUCCAACUGAGGCCACCCCUAAUGACAGCAGCAUUGACUCUGCUGAUAUCUGAUUCCCUGUCUCAGACUCCCUCUAGGACUCUAUAUAGCAGGGUUUCCCAAACUCGGUCCUGGGGCUCCCCCUUGGUGCAUGUUUUGGUUUUUGCCCUAGCAUUACACAGCUGAUUCAAUUAACCAAGUCAUAGUCAAGCAUUUAUUAUUUGAUUAACCUGUGUAGUGCUAGGGCAAAAACAAAAGCGUGCACCCAGGGGGGAAAGCCUGCCAUAUAGGACCAGCUCUGACUCAUAACAAAUACGCUGUUAUCCCAUAAGGUCUGACGUCCCUUCACUCUGAAUGUUUAAUACCAAGUCAAUGUCAAAGCAGUUUUUAUGCUAAUUGUUCUAUUAACGUUAUACUUCUAUUUUGUACUUUUUUAAAUUUACAUUUCAUAUAUCUGUGUUGGGCUGUUAUGAUUUUAUUUUGUUCUGUUUUGCACAGUUGUUGCCUCAAGUUAUUUAAAAUACUUGAAUAAAGCUAUUUUCUCAUGA